AUGACCACUUUUCAUCCGUUUCCGCGGCUUCCUUUGGAGCUCCGAGAGCAAAUCUGGAAGGACACUGUCGAACCACGCACUGUCGAUGUCCGUCGUUUUCAAGCGUGGCCUCAACACUAUGGCCGGCUGGUAUCGUCUACGCCUAUACCAGCCAUACUACAGUCCUGCCGGGAAGCCCGAAACCUUGGACUUUACAAGAAAGUCUUCUUUGAGGGGGAAGAAGCAGAAUCUUCCAAAACUGAACAGCGUUAUGUUUGGAUGGAUCUCGACAUUGAUAUAAUGGAUAUCGGGACUUCUGAUUUCCGCUGGUACAAAUCGAUCGCAUCAGCAAUUAAGCGUCUCAAGUUCAGCCGAGAGAACGGGAAUGAGGCCUUCUACCAUACCGAAUCAAAUGAACUCAGCAUGUUUGUGAAUGUGGAGGAGAUUCAUAUAGUCUGCGCAGACGGCUUCUGGAUGUGGGGUGACGCUACACAUGAGCAUCCCUGGCCCUGCACUGAAGACAAGCUGCUGUUCAUUGACGCAUUGGAUGGUCGAGUUGCGCGUGGCUUGGAAUUGGAAACCAUAUGUAGACAGAUCCUGAUGGCCAUGCGGAUAGAAGCCACCGGCGAAGCAUUUGACACUGACGACGAGUUUUCAAGCUGA